AUGCAAUCCAGUACACAUACCGCACCAGAGAACCUCAACAAUUCCAAUAUAGACUGGACUCAAGCCCUUUUCGACCUUCCUCUCCCCACACCCGACGGUUCUGAUGCACUCAAUAGCCUCGAUUUCGACUUCUCAUCGCUUCUGUCGCCUUCGUACACGCAAAAGGAUUUUAUCGACGAGUAUCUCGAUCAAAGUGCUUACAAUGAACCACUGACACCGCGGUUGGCAACCACCACCGAUACCAGUCAUAAAAAAGUGACUCCAUGGACGACUGAAAGUACGCUUCUUCAUACAAGUGCAUCUGUCAUCGACCCCACUAUCUAUCGAUAUGCUUCUCUCGAUGGCGACCCAGAGCCCUCAAGCACCAUACCAUCAGCACAGCGCAUCCUCGCUGAUGCCAAUACGGCGCUUGCUGCUCCUUCCACUACAGAAUGCAGUCUCCAAGUCUUUCUUCAGGAGUGCGAAGUAGAUAAUUCUCAGCAGCGGCUCACCUCUACUAUUGUCAAUACGCCUCAGAACUCCCCCUCAAACGUUGACCCAGAUCAUCUAUCAUCAGUGAGCUUCUCUUGUGCAAGUCCAACACCAAGUCUAUUGACAGACUCGUCAUCAGUCGUUCCCUCCCCUGAACUUCCGACUCUAUCCACUUUCGCGUCCCUUCCCUUGACCAUAAAUCUGGCGCCAUUUCACAGGGUGGCCUUGCCCCCCACUUCUUAUAACGCAGCGCUGCCUCAAGGUCUUGCAUCCGAGGCCUUUUUGACUGAACUGAUGAAUCCUUACACCAUCCCCAACAUAACGGCUAUCAAUCAUAACGGCAUCCGAGGACAAUAUCUACCCUUGUCAAUCGAGGCACAAAUGCUGGAGAACCUCAAGAAACGGAAAUUUGGAGAACCUUUCGAGUCAGUGAACACUCCAGCGCCUCCAUCUUAUGCUCCACUGAACAACAACGAGGCCUCAAUGUCUGCGGAAGUUCUAUUCUACUACCGACAACUUCAACGGAAUAUGAAUCAGGCACAGCAUCUACAGCAGCAGACGGGAGGGAAUGAAUACAAAAAUAAUGAUAUUUCUCCUGAGGACCAAAAGUCUUCCCGCGAAAAGAAAGUGACCAGUAGCAGCCACUACCGCGCUCGGAACGCGUUCUUCAUGUUCCGCGGAUACGUCUCUCGUAUCCAAUCCACCACUUUACCAAAAUUCAAGAGCGACAACAGUACUGUGGCCUUGUCUUUGGCGAGACCUCUGUCUUCCAACACAUCGUCCCUUUCACCAGCCACGACUUUGCCGACACCCCCAGAUAAGGUGCGAAGUCUAGCUCAGACAAAGGUCUCGGUGCGUUGUGGUAUUAUUUGGAAGAGUCCAUGCCUUGAGUCCUGCAAGCGUCGCGAGUGCGCCAACUGCCGAAUGCGAAGGGUGUUUCGACGAGCAUCUAAUUACAUGAAGCUGCGACAUGCUGAACUGGAGUGUCAGAUUGAGGACGAUCCUUUGCCGAAGAAACAGAAAUCGGAGACAAUUGAUACAAAGAUAGAGAGCACCGACCAUGUUACUACGCAUGACGGCGAUGAUGGUGACGAUGAUGGAGCAAGAAAGCUUGCUUACAUGCCCCUAGAAAAGUCAUUUGACUGGGAUGAAUUCGAGCGUUAUUACUACGAAAGCGAUCUGUUCGCAUGGCAUCGUGAGGAAUACCUGGGAAGCAACGGUGUCCUGGAUCUUGAGGAACUCAAGCGCGUCUGGAUCGAAAAUGAAAAGUGGAACGAACAGUCGUUUUUGAAAGGGGCGAGAAAGCGUAUGGCUGAGGUAGGUUCGCCCAAUGCCACGAAUAAUGGAGGGAUGAAAACCAGGACGAAGAGCUAG